GUUUAUAUACAGGAAAAUUUAACUCAUAAUAUGAAAGAAAGCAUAAAAAUAUCAUCAAUCCAAUAGUUAAGUAACUAUCUAUCAACUAUAAGGUCAAGAUAGUUGAAGAAUCAAGAUGAGUGGGCUUUCACAUAGAGUCAUGAACAUGAAGUUCAUGCAGAAGACAGAGAAACAGGACCAACGGAAUGAAAAGGAACCAGGACUGAGUAAAGUAAAGGAUUCAUCAGAAUGGAUUAAUCCUCAUUCUAAGAACUUACUUAAACAAAUUCAAAUCAGUAAGAAUAGUAAUAGUAACAUACAGAGUAUAGGAUAUGGAAGUAUAAACUCAUUCAAUAGAGUGAGUAGUGUUACUACCAUCGAAGAAGAAGAUGAACCAAUCAAUGAUACUCCAAUAAUACCUACCAGAAGGACUUGGGGUAAUAAUAAUAUAACUAUUGAUUCAAACAAAGAUAAAGAGUUAUUAGCAUUAAGUCUGAAUAAAUUAAAGGAAUAUACUCCCAAAGGUCCACCUAAAGUAUGUAUAAAUGCCGUUGAAAUAUGUAUAAAAAAAGGUCUAUAAACAAGUACUAA